AAUUAUAUCAAAUUAUUCUAAUACAAUAACAAUGUCCAUAUGGGAAUAUUUUGCAAAAUAGCAAAAAUUUGCAUGUAAGCUUAAGAAAGAACUAAGAGUAUGAAUAAUUUAAGUCAAUUUUUCGAUUGAAGGACAUAAAUAAUAAAGUAUUAUACCAGGUCAGGUAUGUGAUUAGUAUGGAAAUCCUGGGAGCACCAGCAGCUGUUAUAAUAGUACGGUGAUGUGGCCAUAACUUGAAUGCCUCUAUCGAGUAUCCGACUUGUAGUAAGACAUUAACAACGGGACAAUGAACAUGUCUGUGCCUGCAUCGGAGCCUUUGUUGAGCAAAUCAAAUUCGGUAUUUUGUUGUUAUUUAUUCUGGAGCAGUGUCCUUAUACUGAAGAUGCUGUGCAUGUCCUUGUUAACGGCACGUCAGCGAAUGAAAACCAAAACGUUUGCCAAUCCGGAGGAUCUACGAAUGGGACGUACGCCGGAGGUGCGUUUUAAUGAUGCCAAUGUGGAACGGAUGCGUCGCGCUCAUCGGAACGAUCUGGAGAACGUGCUGCCCUUUCUGCUAAUGUCCCUGGCAUAUGUGGCCAGUGGCCCCCACCCCCUGACCGCCAAGCUGCUCCUUCGCAUCGGAGCCACUGCACGACUGCUCCACACGAUUGUUUAUGCCUGUGUGCCGUUGCCACAGCCGGCGAGAAUUCUCAGCUUCUUUAUAACCUUUGGCAUUGUGGGCUUUGAGGCUGUUUAUGUGAUUAUUCGUUUUAUUAAGUACAUUUAAACGAGUAGCGGUAGGGGGAGUUUUAAUGAGUCGUUUUUUACGUUACAUUCAGUGUUGCCAACUACAUUAACAUUGGAAAAUAGCUAGAAAAAGCUGGGAGGCCAGAUGAAAAGUUGUUAAGAUUUUAGGUUGAUUUAAUACGCUGUACACAUUAUAAAUU